GCGGAACUUUCGGCAGAGUUACGUUGUUUGAGUCGGACUCAUUUGAGCGCCGCGCGCAGCAUGGAGGACAAGUGACAUGAAAACAGCAACGAGACGCUGAAAACAAACAAAGCAUGAUUUAUUGUUUCAUAUUUCAUCAGCGGGAAGCUUCACACUGAGCUGUGGACAGGUCUGAGGUCUGCAGGGGGACAUGUUUGGUCUCCGGCUGUGUCCGUGGCUCCAGCCUGGGAUUCGAGUUUCCACCGUUUCCCGGCAGAGUGUCCAUAAACUCGCCUCGCUUCAGAAAGCCACGACGCUUCCCCCAAAGAAAGUGCAAAGCUUACUUUACCCCUUCAGCGGACUGGAGGGUUACCUGGACAGGUCCGUGGACAGGACGCCGUUCCAGCUCUUUCACCCCAGUUUGGAGGACAUGCUGGAAGCAGAAAAGCUCUUCUGUUCUACACCGGCUCAUAAAAUCGAUUACUACGUCUCCGCUGAGAGGAUGGACCAUGUGCCCGCACUGAAACAGCCGGAGGUGUGUUUCAUCGGCAGGAGCAACGUGGGCAAGUCGUCUCUCAUCAAAGGUCUGUUCUCUCUGACUCCUGAAGUAGAAGUCCGAGUCUCCAAAACUCCAGGUCACACAAAGAAGAUGAACUUCUUCAGAGUGGGCAAAGCGUUCACCAUCGUUGACAUGCCGGGAUAUGGACACAAAGCACCCCAAGACUUUGUGGAUAUGGUGGAGCCGUACCUUUACGCAAGGAAAAAUCUGGCGAGGACAUUCCUUUUGGUCGAUGGAAGUGUUGGCCUUCAGAGGGCUGACAUGAUCGCCCUGGAGAUGUGUGAGGAGAUCAGGCGUCCUUAUGUGAUCGUGGUGACAAAGAUUGACAAAUGUGGGCAUGGUGCACUGCUGACAAACUUAUUGAAUCUUCAGGAUGUGGUUAAAAGACAGACCACAAGCUGCUUCCCUCAGCCAAUCCUGGUCAGCUCCCUGCACUUCUGGGGGAUCUACCUCCUGAGGUGCUUCAUUGCCCAUGUAACGGGGAGCAUCAAGUUAACGGACACCUCACAAAGCUGACAAGAGGCCAGCUUAUAGCUUAAUUGACUGUAACUGAGCUCCACAUUGAUCCACAUUGCUAGAAGUGCUUCAGAUGCUUUUAUUUUCUAAUAAAACGUGAAACCUUUGUU